CAUAAGGAUUGAAGAAACAUUCAGUCUGAAACAUGAAGAUAUUGAGGAACAAACAGACCUAAUGACACUGAAAGCAGCGAGUCAUGAUUUCUUGACUGGGGAAAGAUCGACACAGGCUAAAAGGACUUUAUCACAAAACAGUGCUCAAAAGACAGGAACUAAAAGUUGUUUCACCUGCCAACAGUGUGGAAAGAGUUUCACACAUAAAGGAAGCCUAGAAGUCCACAUGAGAAUUCAUACUGGAGAAAAGCCUUACACCUGCAAACAAUGUGGAAAGAGUUUCAGACAUAUAGGAAACCUUGAAGUCCACAUGAGAAUUCAUACUGGAGAAAAGCCUUACGCCUGCCAACAGUGUGGACAGAGUUUUACUGUAAAAGGAAACCUUUCAGUUCACAUGAGAAUUCACAAUCGAGAGAAGGCUUACACCUGCCAACAGUGUGGAAAGAGUUUCAGUCAAAAAGGAAACCUUGAAGUCCACAUGAGAAUUCAUACUGGAGAAAAGCCUUACAUCUGCCAACAAUGUGGGCAGAGUUUCCGUCAAAAAGCAAACCUUAUAGUCCACGUGAGAAUUCACACUGGAGCCAAAACAGAGAGCCAAUUUGGCUGCCAACAGUGUGGAAAGUGUUUCAGAGACAAAGGAACGCUUGAAAUCCACAUGAGAAUUCACACUGGAGAGAAACCUUUCACCUGCCAACAGUGUGGAAAGAGUUUCAGUCAAAAAGGAGGCCUUACAGCCCACAUGAGCACUCACACUAGAAAAAAGCCUUACACCUGCACUCGGUGCGGCAAAAGCUUUAUACAGGAACGAAGCCUUAUGCAACACAAGAAGAUUCACACUGCAGAGAAGCCAUUUACAUGUGGUCAGUGUGGAAAGAGUUUCGGAUAUAAAGAGAUUUCCAACAGUUUUGGUGCCGUGACCCGGAUAGAGCUCCUUACCUGAAUCCUGAUUGAAACAAAGAUCUGACUUCAUUCCAGACUUUUUUUUUUUUUUGUAUAACCAAGGUUUGGUGAGUGCUACUCAAUCCAAAAGAACCUUUAAGACCAGUACAAAUGUGUUAUCCUCUGUGCCAUCAGAAAAGAGUUAACCGACAGAUGUGAAGUUAUCCUCUAAAAAAUGUUCUUUUAGAGAUGAAGGUUAUCCUCUGUUCAGGCAGGGAAGAUUAGCAUCACAUGUAAUAUUGGUCUUCCUCUGUUUCGGCAUGGAAGAAUUGCCUAUCCUCUGUUCAGACAGGAAGAUUAGCAUCACAUGCUAAUAUUGGUUAUUCUCUGUUUCGGCAGGGAAGAAUUGAUUAUCCUUUGUUCAGGCAGGGAAGAUUAGCAUUACCUGCUAAUAUUUGUUAUCCUCUGCUUUUUCAGAGAAGAUAUUGGUUAUCCUCUACGUUAUAGUGAUGGGAAGUACAAUUCUUUUCUGCAAACCGGUUCUUUUGGACAGUCCGAUUCAAUAAACCGGUUCACCGGUUCUUUUACGCUCCGACGUAAUGACGUCAUCCGCGAUGUUACAGUGUGUGAGCAAGUUGGUUCUACUCUGCUCGCUAGAGAUGGUUGAAUACAUUACGAUGUGUAUUAACUAGGUUAUCCUCUGCUCUGUCAGGGAAGUGUUGAAAGUGUAUUGUUGUGCCAGAAAGACAUUACAUUAUCUACCCCCCUUUAUGGACAGAUAGUGAGUUUAAACCAUUGUUAGGAAAGCACAUAGACUCAAUAGUGACUGAGUCAGUCAGAUUGGAUUUGACAAAGAAAUUUGGGAUUCAUCCAGGAAAAGUUUGGUCUAUUGAAGAAUGCAAAAAAGUACUUGGUGCUUAAGAAAUAUAUGGAAGGCAUUAUCUGCUGCCACAGAGAAUUUACUCUAUCCAUUGCACAAGAACAAAUCCAACGUAUUGCUAAGUUAGAAGAGCAGAACAAACAGUUGCACUCUCGAGAAGUUGGGUCGUAACAAAGCAUCAAACAAAAGUGACUCAAAAGACCAACAGUCAGAUGAAAGCUAUCCUGACUUACUGUCUUUAUGUAGACUAGAGGAGAAUAGCAGUACUGGUGUGCUGCGUCACCCCCUGGGUGGUUUCUACCGCGACCACGUAACACCAUCUUGGUCACGAGCCACUUCCUCUAUUCAUAUUACUCAGGAGGAGUCAGGUAGGCGUAUAAUAUUUUCUUCUUAAGCCCUAUUCGGAUGGGAUUAGUUUGACAUGGGGAGGUGGGGUAAAGUAAUUUUACCUCAGGACGUCUGUAAUAUUAAUGGCCAUGGUGCAUAACCACACUAUUUGGGAACAGAAGUUGUAAGUAAAUGUCCCAAAGUUGAGGAAGAUUUUGGAGAGUGGGGAAAACUGAAGGAUAGAAUCGACUACCUGAAAAAAAGGUAUAGAGAGUGCAUUAAGCACAACAGACGGACUGGCACUGAUCCGAGGAAGUCCCCAUAUUUUGAAGAAAUGGAUGCAGUCUUGGGUUAGAAUAAUUUGUUAUCAGUUAAUUUCUCUGGUAGCCAUUAGCUUCCUACAACAUUAUCUGAGUAAACUUUUCUCUCCUUUAGGUUGCCGACCAAUAACAGACCCGGGGCGAGGAUCAUAUGGAUAAUUGAAGUUUGGAGGAUGAGCGCCAGUCUGAACUCGUAGCGCCUAGCACUCCUUCUGACCAUCUCGAGCAAGAUUCUACAUCUAGCACAACAGAAUCUUUACCUGACAAUCAAGAGGAUGUUACAGGACCCAGCACAAUUCCAGCAAGAUGUCCACAACCAUCACCAGGGCCAGAUCCAACAGUAUAUAUAUAUUUUUUUUAUUAAGUAUUUGCACAAAACUUUAAGAACAAGCUGUUUUAUUUAAACAAAAUCACGAUCGUUCCUCAAUUGCACGAGAGUAAGCUGCUACUAAUUUGCAAUACAACUACGGAGUUCUUACCAGUGUGUUAUGACGUUUCUUAGGUUGAAGCAACAAUCCAAAAACGUAAAGAGUAAAGCCGAUGUACGAUUAAUAAAAUAGCUGCUAGAAAAGGCAAAAUAUGCGUUGUUUGCGGAAAACUGAAGUCUGAAGUUAAAAAGUUUUUCUUAAAAGUCUGUGGCGUCCUUAAGUGGUGAGCUUCGUGAUUGCAUCAUUAGAAAAUUGCGUUGUAUAAUGAUGAGUCAGCGACUUCCAUGUUUUGGCCACAGACUACACAUAAGUAUUUAAAUUUGAAAUGGACUAUAUCCAAUUAUUGAUAUUUGAGUUACAUUUUAUUGUUGUUGAGAUGUAUAAUUAUAUUAUAUUUAUAUAAUAUAUUUAUAUAAUUGUUUUUAUAUAAUAUUUAUAGAUUAUAUUUAUAAUGUAAUGUUAAUUGAUAUUAACGUUAUCAUUGUGCAGAAUACUAUAAAAUAAUAUAUUUUCAGACAAAUGUUUUUAUCCGAAGCCAAAUCAGAUCACAGAAGGUUAUUUAAAACACUCGACUUGCGUUAUAAAGUAAGUUUGGAGCAAAAACAUGGUUUUAAUCUCAUAAAUUGUCGUGUAUUGAUGUGUGCUAAGCUAACAUGCUACCUAGCCCUCAGAUGCAUCUGCCACCUAAGUUAGCUGUAAUUUUUAUAUUUAAGAAAAAAUAAUAGCGAUGUUUACUGAAAUGUUUCUUUUUUAGUUUUCAGUUGAUACAGUUUCAACUGUGAAGCGAGCACUUUGACAAAAGAAAUUAGUGAUUAUCACAGUGUGAAUUGCCAUUAUUGCCAUAUCUUCAAAAAAUUUGAAGAUAUUUAUAACUAUUUUUUUCAUUAUGGCAAUAAUUUAUUCUAAAUUUACAACAAACUGCAAAGUGUCAGCUUUCAAAUGAGAUCAUACUUGUGCUUUUAGUACCAAGGGUUCAUGAACUGUAUCUGCUUUAGUUUGGGUAUGCCAUUUCUGUGGAUUUUUCAAAAGUGGGUUUGAAGCUUAGAAGGUUAAAAAUAUAAAAGAGCAAUAAAGACUUUAUUGAAUAAUAUUUUAUUAUUUUAAAAAAGUUAAGUGUUUUUGUUUUAUCCCCCGCAGAGCGGAGCAUGCGAGAUCCCCGCAUUGACAGAGCCUUAGGUAGGAGUCUGCAAAAAAGACAAAGAAAUCUUUUGGAAGUUAUUUUAAAAAAAGACAGCAAGCCAACAGGGUAGAGGAGUCUCUCCAAAGUGCAGUUGAAAAGGAAAUGCAGAGCUACCUCAUGAUACCGGAGAUAGACAGUGACACAGAUCCAUUAAGCUGGUGGAAAACUCAAGAGGUAAAUUUCCCUAGAAUUGGGAAAUUAGCCAGGAAGUAUCUGUGCAUCCUUGCUUCAAGCAGCCCUUCAGAGAGGGCAUUUAGCACAGGUGGAAAUGUAGUUACAUGUCAGAGAGCUUCUCUGAAGCCACAGGCUGGUGUUUUUGUCCCACAACAUGAAGAAAAUGUAAGUCAAAGAAACAGUUGGCUGCUUUAGUUUUUUGUGUGGAAGUUUAUAAUACUUGAAGUUUAAAAGUAAAAGGUUAAGAUUUAUAUUUAUAUUAUAGACAUCUACAUUUUGGUCUUUAUGUUCAUAUUAUGUUACAGACAGUGCAGUAUAACUAAACUUAUUACCAGUGUUGAUUAAAGUACAUAAUUUAAUACUUGAGUAAAAGUACAACUAGUUCUACUUGCUGUAGAAAAUACUUUCAUGCUUUUUACUUUGGAACCUUUGGAAAAAUGUAGGAGAGUAGAAAGUAUUAUAUUAAUCUUUCAAAUAUAGAGGCAUAAAAGUAAUCAGUUCUCAAAAAAAAAAAAAAUCUCAAGUAAAUUUACUUUGUUACUGUUACUGACCACCUCUACAGUACUGCAUGUUUACACUUACAGUUUACACUGGUGUUUACCAAAGAAGUGUUUUGUAAUUUCAAAAGCAUGUUUGCUUUAUUGCACAUUUUACCUGCAGAGCAGUGUCUGUGUUAUUUAUUUUGUUCCUUUUGUCUUUUUUUUUUUUAGCCUCAUCUUUUAUAUUAAUAUAAUGUGCAAAAAUGUUAUAUUGCGUUGUGUUCUAAUGUUUACAUUUUGCAAAACACAACUUUUUUUAACCUGUUAACUGUCACCCCCACUUUUUGUUUUAGACAAGAAAAUGCACUAUCCAAACUUAAAUGGUUGUAAUUCAAGAAUACUUUGGAGUAUAGACAUAAGGCUGGUCUUGUUUUAAAGAUGAAAUUUGGCAGAUUAUUGUAGAUGUGAAAUAACUUAUGUAAGUCAAACAGAAAAAAAGUUAUAGAAGUUUGUUUAUGAAAAUGUAAAAAAUAUAAUAUUUUAUAUUUUAUAUAAAAUAUAUAUUUUACAAAACAAGUUUUACUCUAAAACUGCAAGGAAAUCAAAGCCAAAUAUCUGAACAAGUUGUGUUCCAAAUUUCAGGUUGAUACCUCAAAAAAUGAGCUUUCAGUAAGAUUGUGUUGGGGUGCAGUACCACGCUUUUUCACUAGAUGACAUCCGAGCUCCAUUACUGACCAUAUAAAGGCGCCUCCAUUUCCAUAUAUGGUUUGAGUGAUCUGAACCAUAUAUUUCCAUCAUUUUCAUACAAUGUAUGAAGUAGACAUCCUAUAUAGAAGUAGUAUGGGAAGUUUGGCAGAAUUUGAUAUGAAUUCA